AUGGAGCCACCAGUGCAGUCCUUCUACGGCUCAGAGCCCAUCCCUCUACCGACGCGCUUCGCCAACAUCAAACGCCGCCUCAUCCAGGGCAGAGAGGCUGCCAUCGCGGACUCCUGGAGGCGUCUUCUGGCGGCUCUGAAGGCCGAAAUCCAGCAUAUCCAGAGCCGUGGUGCAGAUCUCAUUCCUACCAUCCACUUCUCCGACAUUGACGACCCGGCCAAGGUGGCCCCCUUUGAGCAGGAUCUCAAGCGGUACGGUGUUGCUCUUGUGCGUGGCGUCGUCUCGCAGACACAGACAGAGACGUGGAUCCGGCAAACGAGAGAGUACAUCACCCGCAACCGAGACCAUAUCAAACCUACCAUCCCCCAGGACCCGACCUGCUUCGAGCUCUUCUGGACGCCCGCGCAGAUCGCCAUCCGCGCCCAUCCUUCGGUGUUGCGCGUGCAGAAGUGGGCCAUGACCUUCUGGGAAACCAAGGGCACUGACGCCGACAUCUCACGCGUCGCCACUCGGUUUCCCAUCUCGUACGCGGACCGCCUGCGCAUCCACGACAGCAGCAUUAUGGGCAGCAAUGCCGCGCCGCAGCUGUUGAACGGCAACUCUGCUGCCGAUAAUCUCACCACCAGCGCCGCCUCCACCCUUAUCGCCCAGGUCGACAACGGCAGCCUUGAGCGGUGGGAACCGGAUGGCUACGGCCGAGGAGGGGCAUACGAGGCUAUAUUCCGUGGCGACUGGGAGGAUUUUGAUCCAUGGGACCCGUCUGGCCGUAUCAACGUCACACAGGAUCUGUACAACGGCGCUGGGUCGUGCAGUAUCUUCAGGAUGUUCCAGGGCAUCCUCGCCCUCACGUCGGGCGAGCCUGCCAGCAUCCGCGUCCUGCCCUGCCCCAAGCUCGCGGUGGCCUACUUUUUGCUGCGGCCAUUCUUCUCCCCAAAGACGACGCCGCCGCCCACUUCGGGGUAUGACGAGGAGGGCGCAUCGCCUGAGACCAUCGCUGAGUGGGAUGCCUUCCUCGACCCCGACAACUGGACCUUUGACGAGGAGCAGUCCACCAUCAUCCAUGGCGCUGUGCCAGGCCAUGCCCAGCGGAUCACAGAGUUGUGGCACCCGCACCUGCGCCUGCGCCGGUCCCUGGUUGAGGUCCCCACGCUGCAGGCCGGCGACUACGUCCUCUGGCACUGCGACCAGGCAUACAGCAUCAUGACCACCGCGCCCAGCAAGCCUGGGACCCCGAAACCCGACCACCCUGCGCCCAGCAUGCUCAUGUACACGCCUGCCUGUCCACUGACGCAGACGAACGCGCUGUUCCUAGCUCGACAGAGGAAGGCAUUUAUGCAGGGCCAGCCGGGACCGGAUUUUGACUCUGCAGGCAGCGCGAUAGGUUCCGAGGCGCCGCACGAAGGACGUCCUGGCAAGGCCGAAAUUGCAGAGGUCGGCGGCGACGCGGGCCUGCGGGCCAUGGGUCUCGCGCCCUGGGAGCUGAGCAGGGACGGGAGCAAGGUCAUGACGAGGCCCGGCACAAGAGCUGGCACACCAACGCCGGACGAGCCUCAUGCCGACAUGAUGGAUGUAGAUAACGAACGCGGCAGCAACCAGGAGAAGACGGCUGAGAGGGGACCGCGGGAGCGCGGAUCCGGUACGGAAGGUGAGGCAGAAGUUGUGAGGCUGGCCAACAUCAUCCUCUUCCCGGACAGGUACGACUUCUACAUCCCUACG